CUAACACUUUUAUACACAACACCAAAACCAACCAAUCAAACAUGAAGUUCUUCAUUGUUCUGUUGGCCAUUGUGGCUGCUGUCAGUGCAUUCCCAGGAUACGAGCAUCAUGAGGCCGAACACCAUCACGUGAUCCAGGUGCCCCAGCCGCACCCAAUCCCACCUCUUCAUCCUAAGCCCCUUCACCUGAAGGUGCACGACGAGUCCGUAAAACUGCACUACGACUACCCCCACGUCCACCACCCGAAGCUCAUCGGCUACGAAGUUCAGCACCACCACGAGCCUGAAAUCCACCCAGUCCAUGGUCACGGCCACCACUCCUGGUAAAUCAAUCCCAGCUGGACGAUCGACGAAGAGAGUAGGAGACGAAAAAAACAACGCUCGAUUGAAUAAUUGAACGUGCUUACGCGAAAAAUUCAUAGCGAAUCAUCGGUGCGGCUCUCCUGUACGUCAUGCUCCACUGCUCUCUCUUUCUCCCUCUCUCUAUAUAUAUAUCUCUCUCUCUCUCUGCUACAAAUUGCACGUUGGUAUUAUAUGUUGU